AUGCAUUCGCCGUCCAUACAACUUCUGCGCGCACUGCAUGCAUCCAUACGGUCGCCCCGAAGGACCAUUUCGUGGCCAACGCACCUCCAUCCAAGCCCUGCUUCUGGCCACGCUGUUACCACACCCCUUCUAUCACGGACCAUAACAUCUACCGCUACGGCAAACUACCCGGGAAAUACCAACGGUAACAAUAGCAAUGGGAAAUCGCCGUUUCGGUCACCCCUGCCGCCCCCGCCGCAGCGCCGCUCGGAGCUCUCUACCGCGGAUUUGAAGCCGAAAUCUCACUACCGUGGGCCUCCGCCGCCUGAAGAUCCGCGGACGGAUACCAGUAUCCGCACGGAUAUUAGUGCUCUGGAUGUUUUUGCUGGUGUUGCCACUCCGUCCACCGCCGUGGACGCUUGCCUGGAUGAUGGGUUUCAUUUGAAUAACGGGGUUAAGGUGACGGGCGGAGACGGUUGUUUGCUGGUUGAUGGGGAAGCAUUUGCCUGGAGGCCAUGGGAAGCUGGCCAAGCAGGUACACUCAAGGCAAUGGUGAAUGACAAAGGGCAGUGGGAGGUUGGAGAAGAGGCCUGGGGUGUGUUGAGCUUGAUGUGGCCGAAGCCAGAUCUACUUAUUCUUGGACUUGGUGGGAUCGUACGGCCAAUCUCUCCGGAGACGAGAAAACACAUCAAUCAGCUAGGAAUACGCAUCGAGGUUCAAGAUACAAGAAACGCAGCUGCGCAGUUUAAUCUUCUUGCUACUGAGAGAGGCGUUGGAGAGGUUGCUGCAGCUCUGAUACCUGUUGGAUGGAGGGCGUAG